AUGUAUCUCAUUGCCGCUUGCCUCGUUUCGUAUUUGCCACUUGUCAAGUUCCUGUGGCGCAAGGUCAGAGGAACAGAGAAGUUGUCCUCAUCUGACAGCCAUCAUUUGAGUACCGUUGGCGGAGGCUCUUCCGCCCACGACAGGGGGCUGAAGCCGUUUAAAAGACAUGCAAAUGGUACUGAGAGUAGCUGGGAUAUCAUUGAACCUGUCACUGUCGUUGGAGGCAGUGAUUCACCAGAUCGAGAGCGCAACCCACCUGGGCAAAUUGUUCUUGAACGGCAAUUUAUUGUCGAAUGA